GCAUCUCUUUCUUUCUACAUCUCUCUCUAUAUAUAUCCUUUCUCUUUAUCCUUUCCCACAUUUUGUUCUACUCUUAUAUAUAUAUAUAUAUCAAGAACCAGAUAAUAAAAAUGAUUUGGGUUUAUGUUUAUGCUAUACCACCUUGUUCUUCACUUUGAUUUUUCAUUUAUCUUCUUCGAAGUUGUGAAAUUUUGUUAAAGCUUUUUUUCUUUUUCUUUCUGUUUGUUAAUGGCUGUUCAAGCAGCUCAAUACCCUUCCAAUGUCUUCCUCUUAAGCAGAAAUGGACAAGAUGGACAACAAGGAGGAGGGGUUUUUGUUGAUCAAUCUCAUAUGUUCUUCAACAAUGGAAGCAACGGAACCAACAAUAAUACUAAUAUCAAUAUCAAUAACAAUAUUAAUCAGAGGAAGAGAGGGAGGGAAUUAGUUACAGGAACGGCGGCGAUAACGACGCCGAUGAAUUCAUUCACUUUGCAAACACCACCGCCACAGAUGAUAGACCUUUCUCAACUUCAUCACCACCACCAGCCAAAUGUAGUUGUCUCCACCGGUCUCCGGUUAUCGUCCGGCGACCAACAGCAAAGUCAAAAUCAUGGUUAUCUUCAACAACAACAACAACCAUCAUCGGCCUUUUUGUCUAUAAUAUCUGAAAAUUUGGGUAUUCAAAUUAAACGUCAAAGAGAAGAAUUAGAUCAAUUUCUUCAAGCUCAGGGGGAGGAAUUACGGCGUACGUUAGCCGAGAAAAGGCAAAGGCACUACCAUGCGCUGUUGGGGGCAGCGGAAGAGACCGUGGCGAGGAGGUUAAGGGAGAAAGAAGCGGAGGUGGAAAAAGCGAAGCGUCGGAACGCCGAGUUGGAAGCACGGGCGGCGCAAGUUAGCGUGGAGGUGCAGGUUUGGCAAGCGAAAGCGAGGGCGCAAGAAGCGACGGCGGUGUCAUUGCAAGCGCAGCUCCAACAAGCUAUAAUGAGCGGAGCGACGGCGCACGAUAAUAGGAGAGGGGAUGAGGGACUAAACUGCGCUGGUGGUGGAGUGGAACGGCAACCGGAGGACGCCGAAUCGGCUUACGUGGACCCGGACCGAGUAGUCGCUUCGGGACCGGUUUGCAGAGCGUGUAGGAAACGCGCCGCCGCGGUGGUGUUGUUGCCUUGCCGGCAUCUUUGCUUAUGUACAGAGUGUGAUAGAGUGGCGCAAGCCUGCCCGCUUUGCCUCACCGCCAGAAAUUCUAGCGUUGAGGUUUUGCUUUCUUGAAAGGCUUUUCUUUUUCAAAGGUAAAAAAAUUUAAAAUUAAAAUAACCUAUGACUAUAAUAAUAUUUUACCUUUUUUUAAUUUUUGGAAAAUUAAUUCAUAUAUAAAUUCUUUUAUUUGAUAAA